AAAUUUUGACAUUGCGAAAUAAUAUAAGAGAGUGACAUUUCAAACUUAAGAAUAUAUUUUUUAAUAAUUUUAAUUUAUCUUUAAUAUCUGCUUAUGGCUUUGGUUCGAAAGAUUGUUUUCACUCCCGACGCCCCUACACCCGUCGGUCCUUACAGUCAAGCCGUGAUAGCAGAUCAAACUCUGUACAUUUCCGGCAUUAUAGGACUUGACCCGAAAUCGGGGUCACUUGUGGAAGGGGGCACCGUAGAGCAAUUCAGACAAUGUAUGAGACACCUUGAAGAAAUUUUGUAUUCGUGCGAAUCGGCGUUCGAGAACGUAUCGAAAACUACGAUUUUUCUAACCGACAUGGAAGAAUUUUCUCAAAUCAAUGACGUGUACAAGGAAUAUUUUUGCAGAGAUUUUCCAGCUCGCUCAACUAUUCAAGUUGUGCAACUACCAUUAAACGCUAACGUUGAAAUAGAAGCAAUUGCACUUAUUGGCUGUGUUAAAACAAUCCCUGCACCUCCUCCACCUCCAAAAUGUUCAUCCAGAUAAGUAUAUGGCCAAAAUAAUUCCUAUAACUUUUCGUUAAAGUGUUAUAUUUUAUUUUUAAUAUAUUUUUACACUGAA